AUGGUCACUGUGAACACUACCGAGAGGCUGGCGCAUCUGCGCCAAUUGAUGCGCGACCGCAAGAUUGAUGUGUACAUUGUGCCCUCCGAAGAUAGCCAUCAGUCUGAGUAUAUUGCGCCUUGCGAUGCCCGUCGAGAAUUCAUCUCCGGUUUCUCUGGAUCCGCCGGGACAGCCGUCAUCACCCUGGACAAGGCCGCUCUCGCCACUGAUGGUCGCUACUUCAACCAAGCCGAAAAGCAGCUCGACAGCAAUUGGGAACUUCUGAAGCAGGGACUGCAGGAUGUCCCUACAUGGCAAGAAUGGACUGCCGAACAGUCGGAAGGAGGAAAAACUGCCGGUGUAGACCCGAGCGUUGUCACAGCUUCUGACGCCCGCAAGCUCAAGGACAAGAUCAAGAAGAAGGGUGGUGAAGGCUUGACUGCCGUGAAAGAGAACCUCAUCGACAUCGUGUGGGGCAAUGCUAAGCCACCUCGGCCGAAUGAAAAGGUCCAGGUCCAGCCGUACGAAUAUGCUGGCAAGGAAGUCUCUGAGAAGAUCAAGGAACUUCGUGAAGAACUUUCAAAACGCAAGAGCGCUGGCUUCGUAGUUUCAAUGCUGGACGAAGUUGCUUGGUUCUUCAACCUUCGAGGAAACGAUAUUCCUUACAACCCCGUCUUCUUUUCCUACGCCGUUGUUACUCCUACUGCGGCUACGCUCUACGUAAACGACAGCAAGCUGCCACAAGAAGUCAAGAAGCACUUGGGCGACAGCAUUACAAUCAGGCCUUACGACACGAUCUUCACGGAUGUGGAGGCUCUGAGUAAAGAGACUGCGUCGACCAACCCUCAAGAGGAGGCAAAUGCUGCUCCUCAGAAAUACCUUGUCUCAAACAAAGCAUCAUGGGCACUUGUUGAGGCUUUGGGAGGGGAGAAGAAGGUAGAUGAGGUCAGGAGCCCAAUCGGAGAUGCCAAAGCCAUCAAGAAUGCUAUCGAGAUGGAAGGCAUGAGAGCAUGCCACAUCAGAGACGGAGCGGCGCUCAUCGAGUAUUUCGCUUGGCUCGAGGAUCAACUUAUUAACAAGGGUGAGAAGCUUGAUGAGGUCCAGGCAGCUGACAAGCUUGAGGCGGUUCGCUCCAAACAUGAUCGUUUCGUGGGUCUAUCGUUUGACACAAUCUCUUCUACUGGUGCCAACGCCGCCGUCAUUCAUUACAAGCCCGAGCCCGGCAAUUGCUCAGUCAUCGAUCCCAAGGCAGUCUACCUGUGCGACUCGGGUGCACAAUAUCUUGAUGGAACUACCGAUACCACAAGGACACUGCACUUUGGCGAGCCUACGGAGAUGGAGAAGAAGGCUUAUACUCUUGUACUCAAGGGCAACAUCGCACUUGAGCGUGCAAAAUUCCCGAAGGGAACCAGCGGGUUUGCCUUGGAUUCCCUUGCGCGCCAGUUCUUGUGGGCUGAAGGCCUUGAUUACCGCCACGGUACAGGCCAUGGUGUCGGCUCAUUCUUGAACGUCCACGAAGGGCCUAUCGGUAUCGGUACGCGUGUGCAGUACUCGGAGAUUGCCCUCGCAGUCGGCAAUGUCAUCUCUGAUGAGCCUGGCUAUUAUGAGGAUGGCAACUUUGGCAUCCGUAUUGAGAACAUCAUCAUGGUCCGCGAAGCAGAAACGACGCACAAAUUCGGCGAUAAGCCGUACCUGGGCUUCGAGCACGUGACAAUGGUGCCCAUGUGCCGCAAGCUGAUUGAUGAGACGCUCCUGACACCGGAUGAAAAGAAGUGGCUCAACAGUUAUCACGCCGAGGUGAAGGAGAAGACCAAGCAUUUCUUCGAAAGCUCGGGUGAUGCCACCACUCUGAAGUGGCUGGAGAGAGAGACGCAGCCUUACUAG